AUGGAAAAGUACCAAGACCAUCCUAACUGGUACUAUGCCUCAACGCAGGUCCGGCAUUUCGUGGAACAAUGCAGGGCUUGCGAGAACCGUGAGGCGAUAUUUAGAGAAGCGUUCGACGUGUUUUUCAGGCAGGGUAAUGUGGAAGCAUUGUCUGGGAUGCGCGUUGCAGCCACGGCAGGCCAUAUGGAAGCGGCAUAUCUAGUUGGACUACUUGGCAUGUCCGGAAUUGGUCAGUCAAAAGAGGAUGCAUUAGAAUUCUUGUGUUCUUUGAAUCAACGUAACAACAUUGAUAUGAAAGGAACCAGGGAUGCUUUGAGACAACGAUUAAGCGGAAUUUUCUCUGUUGGAAGACAUAUCGUAGAUAUGUUUCACUAUGGGAAGAUUAAGUUCAAUCAGUGCAGCGCUUGUAACAACAACGACUGGUGUUUUGUUAUUCCAGGCUGGCCUAGUGAAGAAAAGAUCAAUCCUGCCUUCUGGACUUGUUGCAAUCGAUGCAAAUGGCACCGUGAGAGUGUUUUUUGGUUCAAGGUGAUGCGUGUCUAUGUUGUGCCAGGGAAUCCAUACCCUUAUAAUUAG